AUGGCCACUACGUAUGCUGCCCCUGUCAAUGGGGCGAUGACUGAUGGUCAUACUACCGCGCCGGCGGGCGAUCGCAUCGAACUCAUAUCCGGUCCCUUGAUCAAUCUCAAAAACAUGCACUAUGAACAUCCCGCCGCCGUCUGGCUCGGCAGUGUUCUGAUCGUGACCAAGCCCGGCCAGGUCCAGCCGCAGCUUCACCUGCGCCAGUUGGGCCCCGUGGCGGGUCAGGAACAGCCCCGAUCCCCCACAGACCAGACCGUGCAAGGCCUGAAACUGUACGAGGAUCCUAAAAAGACAUUCUGGCGCUUCUCUCUGGCUGUGCCCGUUGAGACAUACGAAGCACGUUGGGUCUAUGAGAUCCCCGGUCUGUUGGAUGAUUCGGGGACACCCAUCCAACAGCCAUGGGAUUUUGUCGUACCGGCCGAGAGCCAGUCGAUGCGAAUGAUGUUCCAUUCGUGUAACGGUUUCUCGGUUGGCACCGACAUGGAUGCCUGGGUGGGCCCUACCUUGUGGAAAGACGUGUUGCGCGUCCACGGGGAGAAGCCCUUCCAUGUGAUGGUGGGCGGUGGCGACCAGAUCUACAACGAUGGCAUCCGAGUCGACGGGCCGUUGAAGCCGUGGACGGCAAUUGGUAACCCGCACAAGCGUCGGCACCAUGACUUUAACAACCAGAUGCGCGCCGACUGUGAUGAGUAUUAUUAUGCCAACUACGUGCGCUGGUACAACACCGAACCGUUCCGCGCCGCCAACGGCCGUAUCCCCCAGGUCAAUAUUUGGGACGACCACGAUAUCAUUGACGGCUUCGGCUCGUAUACCGAUCACUUCAUGAAGUGUGCUGUUUUCCGGGGUAUCGGUGGCGUUGCGUUCAAGUAUUACUGUCUCUUCCAGCACCACAUUGCGCCGCCCAAAUCGACUUUUACAACCGACGCGCCCGCGACGAUGCAAGCGAUCAACGGCACAGCGGGUGUGGACCCCCGUCAGGUGGAAAACACUUUUGUGUUGGAAAAUCAGCCGCUUGAUGACAGCUGGAUCAUUGGCAAGCGGCCGGGUCCAUAUGUGGAAGAGAAGAGUCGGAAUCUGUACAUGCGGUUUGGUAAGCGCAUCGCGUUCAUCGGGCUGGAUGCCCGUACCGAACGGACUCGCCAUCAGAUCAACUAUCCUGAGACCUAUGAGAUGAUCUUUCAACGCCUGCAGCAGGAGAUUGACGCUGCUAAUGGCGACAUUAAGCAUCUCGUGGUGUUGCUGGGUGUCCCUAUCGCCUACCCUCGUCUGGCCUGGCUUGAAAAUAUCCUCUCGUCGCCAUUGAUCGCCCCCAUCCGUCUGCUCAACAAGCGAUUCGGCGUGGCCGGAGGUCUCUUCAAUGAGUUUGACGGCCAGGUCGAUCUGCUUGAUGAUCUGGACGACCACUACACCGCGCGACAGCACAAGCGGGAGCGCAAGAUCCUGAUCCAGCGCCUUCAGGAAGUCGCGCGCGCCAACUCCGUCCGCGUCACCAUCCUGGGGGGAGACGUUCAUCUCGCCGCUGUGGGCCGCUUCUACUCUCACCCGAAAUUGAACCUUUCUGGUGAGAAUGACCACCGCUACAUCGCCAACGUCGUCAGCUCGGCCAUCACCAACAAGCCCCCGCCCAAGGCCGUGGCCAAUCUUCUCGCCCGUCGCAACAAGAUUCAUCACCUGGAUCGCACCUGCGACGAGACCCUAAUGCCCUUCUUCGACAAGCAGCCCGGUGGCGUGGAGAAGAGCGCCUCGUGGAACACGGUGACCAUGCCGUCGCGAAACUUUGCCAUCUUGACGGAGGUUGUGGCGCCGGCCUCGAAUGGCCAUGUCGCUGAACCGAUGAGUGCCAAAUUGGACCAACUGCCCAAGGAUGGUCAUGCCCCGCUACACCGAGGCGAGGUCAAUGCCGGAUCGACUCAUUCCGCAGCAGAUGGAAUCAAUGCAAACAGCGGCAUGUAUGGUGGGUUGGAUGUGUCAAUUCGAGUGGAAAUUGAUCCCCAUGAUCUGAAGGGCACAACUGAGGGAUACGGAUUUAGCAUCCCUCCGCUCUUCGCCACCGAAGGACCCCAAGCAUCUUCCGGUAUGAGUGUCUAUUCCCGCAUGUCCCGCCAAGCUUCCCGCGAGGAACACCCGGGACGUCCUUCGACGGCACGCUAA